AUGGGAGAUCUCGGUGUGGCCAAGUCGCAGAUAUUGGGCUACAUCGAUCGGUUGGUUCGUAGUCAGUACAUAACGAGCCUUGGUUCUUCUGGAGAAGAUUUGGCUGCUGCCGUCACAAAGGAUCCGUUGACCGGCGCGAUGAUGCUCGAAAGGAGAACAUCCAACUGCCAGCCGCUCUGCUUUCCCUUUUCGACCUUCUCGGCCGCAACAACGAUCUUCGUCUGGCCAAACGCAUCACCCUCGUCCACAGCUAAAGAAAGCCGCUGGUACAUCGCACUGCAGUGCACUGUGAACUUGCUGGGAAUUUUGCGCCUCUCGACCGCCCUUGCCCGGCUCCGUCAGGCCGACGAGGUCGACAAGGAUGACGUUAAGGAGGCCCUCCGUCUGCUGCAAAUGUGA